GUCAGUGACCAAAGAGUCCCCCACCCACGUUUCAUCGCCUCCUUUCUCGCGGGCGGCUGCUUCUUCCCAAGUCCCCCAAUCUCUCGGAAAACUCCUCUCUCCGUGUAGUCUGUAGAGAAAUAAGAUACAAUGGCUGGAAUCCGAUUAUCUCCGGAGGACUCGGAGCUCUCGUCGCAGCAGAGCCGAGGCGCCGUGAGCGAGCUGAUCUCCGACGACGACCGCUCCGUGGCGGCUGACUCCUGGUCAAUCAAAAGCGACUACGGCAGCACCCUCGACGACGAUCAGCGCCAGACGGACGCCGCCGAGGCCCUUUCCGCAGCCAACUGCCGUGCCCCCUCCGAUUACAGUUCUGACAAGGAGGAAGCAGAUGCUGAAGAAGCUGUGCAAUCAAUGUUAGGCCUUCAGUGUUAUUGGGAUGCUGCAUAUGCAGAUGAAUUGGCAAAUUUUCAUGAACAUGGCCAUGCUGGUGAAGUUUGGUUUGGAGCUGAUGUUGUGGAAGUAAUUGUUACUUGGACCAAAAGCUUGUGUUUUAGUGUUUCUCAAGGUCGUUUGCCAAAUCAUGUUGAUGAUAUCAAGUUUGAGAGAGUUGAGGAGGGUGAUAAAUAUCUCUCUACUUGGGGUGUUCUUGAUAUUGGGACUGGCAAUGGUUUGCUUCUUCAAGAACUUGCUAAGCAGGGGUUCUCUGAUCUAACAGGAACUGAUUAUAGUGAAGGGGCAAUUCAGCUUGCUCGAAGCCUUGCUGCUCGCAAUGGGUUUCCUAAUAUUAGUUUUUUGGUUGAUGAUGUUCUUGAGACAAAGUUGGAAAGGCAGUUUCAACUUGUCAUGGACAAAGGAACUUUAGAUGCCAUUGGAUUGCAUCCUGAUGGCCCUGUCAAAAGGAUGAUGUAUUGGGAUUCAGUUUCAAGAUUGGUGGCUUCUGGUGGAAUAUUAGUUGUCACGUCGUGUAACAGUACAAAAGACGAAUUGAUGCAAGAAGUGGAAAGUUUCAAUCAGAGAAGGAUUGGUGUGUCGCAGGAUCCUGAGACACCCAAGGAUCAAGAAGCUGGAAGAGAUCCUCCAUUUCGAUUCCUGAGUCAUGUCCGUUCAUAUCCAAUAUUCAUGUUUGGUGGAUCUGAGGGAUCACGUGUUGCGACUGUGGCAUUUUUACGGAACUAAAAUUGCUAGUUCUUUGACAUUGUUGGACAUAUCCUUGGUCAAAUGUUUUUCCUUUUACCUAUAAAAACAAAAAAAAAAACAAAAAACAAAAAAAUUGUUUGACACAAUUUAUGCUUGUCGUCUGUAUGUUGGGAAGUCAGUGAUGUGUAUCAGUUAAUUUGUUUGAGAUCAUGAAUUUGCUGAUCAAUGUGAAGGUGAGGUUUCUCCAGGCUUA